AUGGAGAACGUCCACGAACUACAGCACCCGCUCUUGGCCAAAAACCCCGGGAAGGUGCCCCUGCAGAAUGAGAUGCUCAGCCGAGCUGGUCACCAGGAACAUUCCAGAUUGUUUUCCCGCCAGGCGCUGCCCGACUUCCCUUGGUUCCACCCGCCGGGCUCCGUUCUCGCCAACCAGCUCUUAGAUCCCGGCAGCCUGCAAAGGACAGUGGAGCCGUACCGUCCUUCCGACCCAGCGCUGUACCCCGAGCGGUGGAAGGCAAACUUCCAGGGCUGGAAGAAGAAAGAUUACAUCGAAACGGCCUUCGGGGACAGCAAGGAGGCCGGAGAGCUACCCCGGAAGGUGGCCCUCGAGAAGGACAUUCACACGGUCUGCUACGAAGUGGGCGACGUGGAAGGUCUGGAGCUCGAGAACGACUCCUCGAGCGACAGUGAUACGGAGAGUGAGAGCAGUUUCUCCACGUUGCUGCCGCAGGACUACCUUGGCCUGGCUGUCUUUUCCAUGCUGUGCUGCUUCUGGCCACUAGGCAUCGCCGCCUUCUACCUGUCCCAAAAGACCAACAAGGCAUCGGCGAAAGGAGACUACCCCAAAGCCUGGACGGCUUCCCGCCAGACCUUCGCAUUGGCCGUCUUGUCCAUCAUCCUCGGCAUCUGCACCUACGUCGGGGCGGUGGUGGCCCUCAUCGCUUACCUCUCCAACAAAGCGCCAACAUAGGGGAC